AUGGAACCUAUCAAAGUGGAUUUUGUGAAAGCUGUGUGGGAUGCUACCGCUGCUAGGAUUUUUUGUGAGUGCGCCACCAAACAAGUUCAGCUUGGAAACAGGCCAACCAAAUUCUUGAGUUCUACCGGAUACAAGAACUUAGUGGCAGAUUUCAAUGCUCAGACCGGGAGAAACUAUGAGAGAAGGCAGCUGAAAAAUCGUUGGGACGAUUUGAAGGCUAUUCAUUCAGCGUGGGUGUUCUACAAAAAUAAGGCAACUAGACUUGGAUGGAAUGAAGAUACGCAAACCAUAAUAGCUGAUGAAGAGCAGUGGGCUGAAUUGAUCAAGAUUCACAAGCCAAUUAAAGCAUUCCGCAAGGGACCACCAGACAACUUGGAGUUGAUGCAUAUUAUGUUUGACAAGGCUAAUGUUGAUGGUACCACAUCCAUUAUGCUGGGAGUGGAAGAGGUAGUUGCCAUUCAAGUUGAAGAAGAUGUGAUUGAUUUAGAUGAAGAAGAGACUUCUACUGUUAGCCCAUGGCUCAAGACUAGGCCCAAACGUCCAUCAAGUGCAAUACCUUGUAGUCCAUCUAACCCGAAGAAGGCCAAUAUGUCUAAUGAGUUCCAAAUGUUUGUUGACCAUGUUGUUACUGAAAGUAGUAGUAACAGUACUACUACCGAAGCUAAGGAGAUUGCAGCCAUCAUGGAAGAGGUUCCCAAGUGUGGAGCAUCCGAGUUGAGUGAUGAGCACUACAUUGCUACAAAGUUGUUUGCUAAAUCUACAAAUCGUAGUUUCUUUCUAUCUAUGAAGACAAAUGAGGGGCAGCUCAAUUGGCUCAAGAGACAAUAUGAGGACAGGAAGAGAAACUAG